AGCAUGCCGAUCUCCUCCACCUCUUUGACAGCGAACAGCGCGUAGCCUGCCGCGUGCUCGAACAACACGUGCAACAGCACCUGCGGGAGGUAAAUGCACUGGAUUGAGGAGCGACACAGACAACUGCUGACAUGAGGAGCAUGUAGGAGAGUGCUUGAACGAGCCUGUUGAGGAGCGGAUGUGAGGGAGGACAGUAAAAAGCUCAGGGAUCAGGAGAGGGCUUGAUAUAAAGGCUGACUGGGACAAGCUGACGCUCAGACCGGUGGUGCUCUGCUCAUCUUAAAGCGCACUUCCUUCAGCGACUGACCGAGGCUGACACAGCACGACGGAGCAGAAUGAGCAUGCGUGGCGCAGUGGCUGGUUGCAUGGUGCUGGUGUGCCUGGUGGCGCUGCUGGCGGAGAGGACAGAGGGACACAUCACCUUCUUCAGCCCAAAGGAGAUGAUGCUGAUGAAGGAACGAGAAGGUAGAAAAGACAUGGAGCCUCGAUCGGAGGAUGGUCAGCUUGAAGAGGUCACAGUCCAGCAGCUUCCUCAGGCGGAGCGUGGUGGAAAUCCUGAUAAAACAGUGGAGAUCGCCAUUCGUCUUUCACCCAAACAGCUGGAUCAUGUGGUUCCGGUGCUUGAAGAGAUCAUCCAUGAAGCAGUGGAGGAACGUCAGAAAGCCAAAUAGCGAGGCCAAAGUCAUGAGGGGAUGAACGCUGUACAAAUUCUUCGAAAAGCACUGAAUGCUCAAAUGUUUUAUUGUGUUUUAAUGAAUCAAGUCAAUAAAGG